AUAAAAUCCAGGUGAACAUCUGAGACAGGCAGAGAGUCUUCAACUGAGAAAGAGAAAGCACACAGGUGUCAAGGAAACCAAGGCACGAUGAUAUCAUCCAAUCCUGGAGCAAGUGAAACCAUGUCCAACCCAUAUCCACAAAACAGCUACACAGUUCCUGGGUCUCCAGGGUUGAUAAACCCAGGGAACCAAGUUCAGGGAGGCCAUGUUCCAUUUAUCACAACUCCAGGAAUCAUGGUUGCAAAUCAGCAGGGUCAAGGAAACACACAAGAGAUAAACCCAGCAGCAGCACAAGGAACAAGAAAGUUUAAAGAAGAAGCAAAAGCACUGGGGGCAAUCCAGAUCCUGAUUGGAAUUGCACAUAUUGGUUUUGGAAUCAUUCUUGGAUUGCUGAGCUACUCAGAGAUAUACCAGUGGGGUUAUGCCUCUAUUACUUUCAUUAGUUUUUAUCCAUUCUGGGGUGGACUCUGUUUCAUAGUUUCUGGCUCGCUCUCCGUAUCAGCAUCCAAGGAACUUUCCAGUUGUCUGCUGAAAGGCACCCUGGGGAUGAAUAUUGUCAGUGCUAUCUUUGCCAUCCCUGGAGUGAUUAUGCUACUGGUAGAUGUGCUCAUCAAUGGUGUGCCCGAACAAACCUACUGGGCAUUGAUCUCUGGGAAGGGAAUUUCAAGCAUGCUGAUAAUUCUCUCCCUCUUGGUGUUCUGCAUAAAUUGUGCCACAGCCCAUUUUGCAAGAAGAGCAAUCACUGCCACCAGAAGGCCUGUCGUGAUUGUUCCAGCUGUGUAUACAGUCGGCCUUAUGGCACCAGGGUCUUCCUCAGCUCCUCCCAUAACUGAUGGCUACCCAGCUUACUCCAAUAACAAUUAACAACGGAGGGCAAUCCAUCCUCCAAUUCAAGGAGUAAACUGCUCUUGGAAGGAUCUUCAGAAGCCAGCUUCCAUUGUCCACAGUGAUUUCCAACCUUAAAAAUACUUAGACUCAUCUCUCUGAUUGUCUCUUCCUAUAAGAAGACUGAAAAAAUGAAUCAGAAACUCUAAAAUUCUCUUGUUCAUGUUACCUCUUUCCCAAUAAAACAUCAUAAGGAAUAGAA